GAUAAUGACACAUUUUACGCUUGCUGUCUUGUUACACCAAUUACACCCCUUACUUUUUAUAUAUAAUAUUACGAGAAUUAUCCACAUUUCUCACAUCUCAAUACUUUGUUUAUUACUUAACCAUAUAUCUUACAUUCUCUAUCUUGUCACGUUAAUCCCACGUCUUGUGUUCUUAGUGCAAUAAUAUUAUGAAUUAUGAUAUCAUCAUUUAACUAAAAUAACUAUUAUGAUACUAAUACAAAAUUUUGAAUCAAUAUUUUGCUCGUUUUAGAUUUCUUUUCUCAGAUAUUGUUCAAUCCCAAACAAUUUGGCUUCAUUACAACCAUUAAUAAAAACCAACCCUUCAUUUUAUCUUCUUUUACUAAAAAUAGAAAAGAAGUUUCAUUUUCUUGUUCCUCCUCUUGUUUGUCCCAACAUUCCUCUUUCCUAAAUCUGCAACAUCUUUCCCCUUUCAAACAUCUCCUCUCCCAAAAGAGAAAUGGCGGAGCAGCUGACUGAUGAUCAGAUCUCUGAGUUCAAAGAAGCCUUCAGUCUCUUUGAUAAAGAUGGAGAUGGUUGCAUCACAACUAAGGAACUUGGAACUGUUAUGCGGUCUUUGGGGCAGAACCCAACCGAGGCUGAGCUUCAAGACAUGAUCAAUGAAGUUGAUGCUGAUGGAAAUGGGACCAUUGAUUUCCCAGAGUUCCUUAACCUGAUGGCUCGCAAGAUGAAGGACACUGAUUCCGAGGAGGAGCUCAAGGAAGCUUUCAGAGUGUUUGACAAGGAUCAGAAUGGAUUCAUCUCCGCAGCUGAGCUUCGUCAUGUCAUGACAAACCUAGGAGAGAAGCUUACAGAUGAAGAGGUUGAUGAGAUGAUUCGUGAAGCUGAUGUGGAUGGCGAUGGGCAGAUCAACUACGAGGAGUUCGUCAAGGUUAUGAUGGCCAAAAAAGGAAUAUGGGCUGCAGACACUCCACGAUACAGCAAAAAAGAGAGGAGUAUCAGUAGAAGUAGUGGAGUGAAAAAAUGGUUAUGUUGUUGUCGCUAGUAAUUAUAAAAUGAAGGGGGAAGAUUAUGCUCCGUCGUCUAUUGGGAGAAAAUAUUUACGCCACGUAAUCCAAUAUAAAUAUUAUAUGAUGCUAUGUUCGGUUUAGCCCAUAUUUGUGUAUAGACACUUUUUAUAUACUGUUAUACGCUUUUAUACAAGAUUGAUGUAUCAUGUACAAUGCUUUCCCAUAUAUAAAUAUUGCAUAGUGUUGUAUAUAGCA